GAGGCGCGCGCCAGCCACUCCUGACAGGAAAAGAAUUGAAACAAAAGAAAAUGAACUCAAAUAUCUCCGUUUGCUGUUUCUGUCUGAUUGUACUGCUGAACGUGGUCACAGCUAGUCCCCUGUCUGACCUACAGAGUCUGAAGCAGCUGUUGGAGGAGGAGAUGAACACCGCGCCUUAUUACUCCUCGGAAGAGCUCGAGGUGGCGGGCAGAGAUGGAAACACAGACAAGUCGGUGUUCGGAGCUCCAGAGGAGCAGCCGUGGAACUCCUCCGACCCCAGCAACUCCGCUCUGGCGGCCAAAGAAAACGUCCUCGUGCGUCUCUUCAAAGACCUCAUGAGGACCUCCAAGCGCUCGUGGAGCCGCCACAAGAAGGGCGGGCUGAGGAGCUGCUUCGGGGUCCGGUUAGAGAGGAUCGGCUCCUUCAGCGGGCUGGGAUGCUGAAGGCGCGGAAGACUUGGGCUUCUUCCAAGUGCACAGCAGUGUAACCAUCAGCACCAGUGACCGAGCUCUGCCAGACACUUAAAAGGGUGGUUCCUUCAUUCUCUCCUCUCCUUUGUUCUCACUC